UGCUCGGAACGCAUCGCACCGAUCGCACGCAUAGACAGUAUAUGAUCGCACCACGGUCUCACCAUCGAAGAAGAAGUGUUUUCCUGUGCGACAUCGGCGUCAUAUCCGCUUUCUCGAUGCCAGUGAAUGUUAGAGAGCAAUGGCGGCGUGCCGGGGAUCCUCGUCGAAAUGGUUUUUCACCCGGGAACAGCUCGAAACCACGCCGUCGCGCCGAUGUGGAGUAGAACCAGACCGGGAGCUCUCCUACCGACAACAAGCGGCGAAUCUGAUCCAAGAUAUGGGUCAGAGACUCAACGUCUCUCAAUUAACCAUAAAUACAGCCAUUGUUUACAUGCAUAGGUUUUAUAUGCACCACUCUUUCACCAAAUUCCAUAGGAAUAUAAUAUCUCCAACCACCUUAUUCUUGGCCGCGAAAGUGGAAGAGCAACCUCGGAAACUCGAACAUGUGAUCAAAGUGGCACAUGCUUGCCUAAAUCCCCAAGAACCACCUCUAGACACAAAGAGUAAUGCAUACCUCCAGCAAGCUCAAGAGCUGGUGAUACUUGAAUCCAUAGUGCUGCAGACCCUGGGCUUUGAAAUUACUAUUGAUCACCCACACACUGAUGUGGUGAAAUGUUCCCAGCUAGUGCGAGCAAGCAAGGAUCUGGCACAGACUUCCUAUUUCAUGGCUACCAACAGUCUACACCUCACUACCUUCUGCCUCCAGUACAAGCCCACAGUGAUCUCCUGUGUGUGCAUCCACCUGGCGUGUAAGUGGUCCAACUGGGAGAUCCCAGUGUCCACUGAUGGUAAACACUGGUGGGAGUACGUGGACGACUCUGUCACCCUUGAGCUGCUUGAUGAGCUGACCCACGAGUUUCUGCAGAUUCUGGAGAAAACACCCAGUCGGUUGAAGAGAAUACGAAACUGGAGGGCAACACAAGCUGCCAAAAAGCCCAAGGGUGACAGCACUCAGUCGGCUGACAACUCCUUUGCUGGGCCUUCCAUGCUCCAAGAUCACGGUGAUGCCUCCUCCAACCCAAGUUUUUCCAAAGCGGGCGGUCCCUUUACCGUGCCCAUGCCUGGCCAAUCCGGAGGUGCGCCCCUGUCGUUGGACGCCUUGGCUGGCACGUACAACCCAGCUAGCCACAGUGAGUGGCCCCUGGGCAACCAGAGCCAAACAGGGUACCCUUCCACCUGUAUAAAACAGGAAGCCCUCAGCAUCCCUUCCACCUGUAUAAAACAGGAGCCCCUCAGCAUCCCUAUCCAAGAGCCGACUCUGUCCUUGCAGGCCUCCGCUUCCUCUUUGCUUCAGCAUCUGCCGGUGUGCAAGACUGAGAAAACACUAGACUUCAUCCCCGUCAUCAAACAGGAACAAAAAGGAGUUGGCAAGCAUCAGCCGCCAGCUCAGUCCGCCUACCCCCCACCAGCUCAGCCUCCUCCACCGCAGCCGUCACCCGCUCAGAAGCUGUCUCUGGACAAAUACAGAGAGAAACAUGCCGCGGAGCUGGCCGUCUCUGGGCAGAAACGCGGUCAGGAACCGCAUGGUGGAAAUAUGGAUUGUGAUGCGAGGGGGGAUAUGUUGUCCUUCUCCUCUUCUACCUAUGCACCGUCCUCUGCGAGCCAAGCGGACCAUAGAAAACAUUCACAGCCCCACCAAACCUCUCACGGUGGUGUCGGGAGCACCACUGCCUCCCCAAUGAAAAUGAAAGUCCCCUCCUCCUCAACUUCAGGCCAAGAUAGACGUCACCACGGCGACAAACGGGACAAAGGCUCGCUUAAACUGCGCCUGGCCGUUCCUGGGUCUGGCAGCAGCUCCCAGCUGGACAAAAGUGGACAGCCAAGCAAAGAUGAGCUCAAGAUGAAGAUAAAAGUCUCAUCGUCCGAGCGCCACAGCUCGUCGGACGAAGGCAUGGCGGCCAACAACAACAAGAGCAAACAUUCCAGCCCUCUGGCGAGCAAGGAGAAACAACAUCGUGGAGCGGACCACAACCUCCAUCGCCACCACAAGCACAGUCACCCUCACCCACACACGCACAGCGGGAACGGCGGCGGCAGCCUGCUACGCGGUCCUCCAGGACUGGUCAGCGUGGAAGGGACUCCGCUCGCUCCUCCCGGAUCCACCUCUUUGUCUUCUUCGCGCAAGAGGGCGUACCCCGAGGCAAGCCACAACCACCACCCACCAUCCUCCUUCUCCACUUCAUGCUCCAAAGUGAGCAAAAUCUCCAAGGGUGGCUCUGGUGCUGCAGGUGGGCUGCGGACCUCUCAGCAGUACCCUCCUCCUAGCGAAUCGCCACAUGAAGUAGGAGAGCAGAGACACUGAGUCUACCGCUCUGCAGCCAUUGACAACCCCCGUGGAAAUGGCAACAAACUACCCACACCUCAGACUUUGAAGACUAUGCUCACCUCCCUGUUAAGUGCCCUAGGAAAAUAACUCAUUAUGUCAUGAUAAACCAAAAAGGCAGAAAAACUUAUCUGCAAAAAAAAAAAAAAAAAAAAAAAAAAAAAGAGAGAGAGAAAAAGAUCAGUAUUGUUGGACUUCUCAAUUUUUGAGAGAUAAGAAAGAUGAAAAAGAAAUUAUGCUUCCUGACUGUCGGAUCUCUGGGCUGUGAUGCUCAGUCCUGUCUUUCUGUUAGUGUGUUGAAUUGCUGCUUGGUUCUCCUUCCUCCUCAAAUGAGUCUAGAAAUGUGCAAAGGUGCGUGUGUGUGUGUGUGUGUGUGUGUGUGUGUGUGCGCGUGUUUUUUCAUCGCAGGGAAAGUCCUUCCCACAUUUCAGAUCUCCAUAUGGGAAAACAAAAGUAUAACAAGUACUAUGAGAGGCAUGGAAGGUGCACCUACUUCAUUUUCUUCCUCAAAUAUUUUUUUUUUAACGAGUAAUUUAAUUUAAUCACAUUUCUGCGGUUGUAUGGAGGAAGCCAGUGGCCAGCUGGAGAUGAGUUCAAGUUAUGUUUGCUGGCGUUCCAUUUAGUACUCUUGAUGGAUGCAAAACAUUUUUUUUUAGAUGUAAAGUUUCAUCUCCUCAAUUUCUUUGUCUUGAUUUCUUUUUAUACUUAAGUGUACUGUGCAUAUGAUAUGCAUGUUUCAAUCAUCAAUGGGAUUUAAAAGGAGAACGCGUACUUGCUGUUUACAGAAAGUGGAGAUACAUGUACAUACGUUUUUGUAUGUUUAAAGAUUUAAAAAAAGCUAUACCAUGACUACUCAGGUUUAGAGCUGCUUGUAAGUAUAACUAUAAUACCUAGAAAAGACUUAUUUUGUUGAUCAAUGGAUUGGGCGUCAUCGGGUGAAUGAUUCCAGUGGUGUGUGCUUCUUACCUUCCUACAGGGGGUGCUGUACUGUUCUUUUUCAUCACAGGGGAUAUCAGUUGAUGCCCUCAGUAACACAGGCAACAUCCAACACCUACUUAUCACAUCAGAGCGAUGCAAUUUGUACCAAAAAUAUAAUUUUUUUUUUUUUUUUUUUUUUUUUUGGACCUAUAAGUAAACCUUAAGCUGGAUGCCAAAGGUUGUGCCUCAAAAAGAAACGGUAGUAGUGUGCUAUUAAAAUUUACAUAACCCUUUUUUCUUUGAAAUGCAUCAGACAUAAUUUCAUGACAUGAAGCUGUGGCCCUUAGAUGUCAGCCCAUAAAGGGCGAUACAUGUAAGUAUUAUUCAGUCCGCCAUUAACAUUGUACAAUGUAGGAAAAUAAAAAAUUAUGGCUGGUUUCCAUCCCAGCAAAAGUUGUCAGAAGAGUGACCAAUUGUCCAAAUGCAACAUGACCUGCUGGAUAUUUUGUCACUGAUGUCCUCAUCCAAUUGGUUGAAUUUACAUUUGCAGCCAUGUACCUGUCCGGACACGUCUUCACAUGAUUUUCAUACAUUAAACGCUAUAUUGUUCUCAAAUCUUGA